CUUUGUGGCUUUUUUCUUCACUUUUGUGUGUGCAUACAAACGUCGAACGAUUACAUUCCAGCGGUGACCUGUACUCUAGCAGACGGUGGCGUAGUUCAACACUCAACCACAACGAUAACCAGCUAGAUCAAAAAGAAAAAAAGAAAAACGGAAAAGGACAACCUAGCAGGGGAGAGCUUCUGAGCGUGAGAGAACGAGAAACAUCUCAGCAUGAGUUGUGCUAGUGUUUUGACCAGCAAAGACCUGCCGGACAUCGAGAGCCUGCUCGCUCUCAACCCACGUGUCAAGCAGUCCUGCUCGCUGGUACCAACCACCGAAACGAAAAAGGUGAAGAAACACUGGAAGCGCAAUGUAGAUCGCUCCUGCACAUCCUGCACUCCCCUCACGAACGACUUCUCGGACAUCAAGCACACCACGCUGUCAGAGCGAGCGGCUCUAAAGGAGGCAGCGCGUUGCCUGAAGUGUGCCGAUGCGCCAUGCCAAAAGUCCUGCCCAACGCAGCUCGACAUCAAGAGCUUUAUCACGAGCAUCGCCAACCGGAACUACUACGGAGCAGCUAAGGCCAUCUUCUCGGAUAAUCCGCUCGGGUUGACCUGCGGUAUGGUCUGUCCAACGAGCGACUUAUGCGUGGGUGGAUGUAACCUAGCCGCCGUUGAGGAAGGUCCCAUCAACAUCGGAGGUUUGCAGCAGUUCGCCACUGAGGUGUUUAAGCGUAUGGGCCUGAAGCAGAUCGUGCCACCAGGUGUAGCGCCUCUUCGUCACCCAAGCAAGCGUAUCGCACUGCUAGGUGGAGGUCCAGCUUCGUUAUCCUGUGCCACGUUUCUUGGACGACUGGGAUACCGAGAUGUGACGGUGUACGAACGACGCUCGUACCUUGGAGGACUCAGCUCAUCGGAGAUCCCGCAGUACCGGCUGCCGGUGGAUGUGGUUAACUUCGAGGUGCAGCUGGUGAAGGACUUGGGCGUGAAGUUCGAGCUGAAUCGCUCACUUUCCGCCCAGGAUCUCACCGUGCGAGGUUUGCUGGAAGCUGGAGCAGACGCGGUGUUCCUCGGAAUAGGACUACCUCAGCCGAAGGUCGAUCGGGUGUUUGAAGGAUUGUCCGAAGAGCAGGGUUUCUUCACGUCCAAGAGCUUCCUACCGCAGGUCGCCGAUGGUAGCAAACCGGGGUUGUGUGGUUGCAGCAAGGCAGGAUCCAAGCUGCCUACUCUCAGUGGCAAUGUCAUCGUUCUGGGAGCCGGUGACACCGCGUUCGAUUGUGCAACGUCUGCGUUGCGGUGUGGCGCUCGCAAGGUGUUCGUCGUGUUCCGGAAGGGCAAUAACAACAUCCGUGCCGUACCGGAAGAGGUCGAGCUGGCGCGAGAAGAACGGUGCGAGUUCAUCCCGUUCAUGUCCCCGAAGGAGGUGAUCUUGAAGGGUGGUAAAAUCGCGGCGAUGGAGUUCUUCCGCACCGAGCAGGACGAUACUGGCAACUGGGUGGAGGACUCAGACCAGGUGACGCGGCUUAAGGCGAACUACAUCAUUUCCGCGUUCGGUUCUGGGUUGUACGAGCCGGAUAUCAUUGCCGCACUCGACGGACUCCGGAUGAACCGAUGGGGUCUACCUGAGGUCGAUCCGAGGACGCAACAGACGUCCCUACCAAGCGUCUUCUGUGGAGGAGACCUGGCCGGUGCCGCCGAAACAACGGUCGAGUCGGUGAAUGACGGAAAAACGGCCGCCUGGUACAUGCACUGCCACCUGCAAGGACUCCCUCUCGACACCAAGCCCGAGCUGCCGCUGUUCUACACCGAGAUCGACAAAGUCGACCUCUCGGUGGAGGUGUGCGGCGUUCGGUUCGAGAAUCCAUUUGGAUUGGCCUCAGCUCCACCAACCACGAGCACCGCCAUGAUACGGCGGGCAUUCGAGCAGGGUUGGGGUUUUGCCGUCACAAAAACGUUUGCCCUUGACAAGGACACGGUGACGAACGUGAGCCCGCGUAUUGUGCGCGGUGUAACGGCGGGCCAGAAUUACGGUCCCCAGCAGGGUGCGUUCCUGAACAUCGAGCUCAUCUCGGAGAAGAGUGCUGCCUACUGGUUGACGGGCAUCGGCGAGCUGAAGCGUGACUUCCCCAGUAAGGUGUUGAUCGCGAGCAUCAUGUGCACGUACAACCAGCAGGAUUGGGUGGAGUUGGCGUCGCGUGCCGAAACCGCUGGUGCGGACAUGCUCGAGCUGAACCUAUCCUGCCCCCACGGUAUGGGUGAGUCGGGUAUGGGGUUGGCAUGUGGACAGGAUCCAGAGCUGGUGUACAACAUCUCGCUGUGGGUGCGCAGUGCCGUUCGCAUUCCGUUCUUCGUGAAGCUGACACCCAACAUCACCGACAUCGUGUCGAUCGCGCAAGCUGCUAAGCGAGGCAAUGCCGAUGGCGUGUCUGCCAUCAACACCGUGCAGGGGUUGAUGUCGUUACGUGCGGAUGGAACACCUUGGCCGUCGGUCGGUGCUGACAAGCGCACGACUUAUGGCGGUGUCUCAGGGAAUGCGACACGUCCUCAGGCGAUGCGGGCGAUCUCACUUAUCGGCAAUAAGUUGCCAGGAUUCCCGAUCUGCGGUAUCGGUGGCAUCGACUCGGCGGAGGUGGCACUGCAGUUCAUUCAGUGUGGGGCACCGAUCCUGCAGAUCUGCUCGUCCAUUCAGAACCAAGACUUCACCGUCAUUGAGGACUACAUUUUGGGGUUGAAGGCGCUGUUGUAUCUGCGCGCGAACCCGCCACCGGAGUCGCUGCCGUGGGAUGGUCAGUCACCACCGACGGCUAAACUGCAGAAGGGAAAACCAGUGGCACCGUUGCGUACCGACGAUGGUAAACCGCUGUUGCACUUUGGUGAGUAUAAACGGCAGCGUGAGGAGAAGCUGGCUCAGCUACGCGUGCAACAUGGACCAUUGUGGGAUCCUUGCUCGAACGGAGAUGCCAACGGUGCGAAUGGAACGAGUGACCACGAUACGGUCUCUUCCACGCCGAACACCGUUCCAAGGGUGCAGGAUGUGCUGGGCACGGCAUUGCCGCGCAUUGGUGACUACAAGAAGCUGGACAACACCAAACAGGUGGUUGCACUCAUAGAUGAUGAUCUUUGCAUCAACUGUGGCAAGUGUUAUAUGACUUGUGCCGAUUCCGGUUACCAGGCGAUCGAGUUUGAUCCGGUGACGCAUCUACCUCACGUCAACGACGAUUGUACCGGCUGCAACUUAUGCCUUUCUGUGUGCCCCGUCAUCGACUGCAUCAGCAUGGUUCCGAAAACGAUUCCGCACGUUAUCAAGCGAGGCCUCCCAACUGGCAACGUGACUGUGCACGCCCUUAGCCCGUCGCAAUGAUUUCGAGUGUUUGCAGAGUCUUCAUUUCCGGAAGCUGGGACAAUUUAUUCAACAGAAGAAUGUGUAAAAGCCGUGUAUUAUGUAGAAAUAAUUUAGGAUGCAUUUUUAUAUGGUUUGUCAAUAUACUCUUUCAAUAAAAAAACAACA